AGAUUAACCUUUGUGAAUCGUUACGAUUCGUGAUUUGGUUGUUAAAAAGGCUACCGGUUUCACUAUGGAUGCGACAAAUAGUUCACUAUCUUCUGGAGAAACAUCUUAUGCAGAUAUCAAGUCUUUCUUUGAUUCAGCCCCUCCUUUAAAGGAUUCCGCUGAAAUAAAAAGAAAAUUAGAAGAAUUUAUGCAAAAGAAUCAUGUGCCAUUAGGUAAUGGAGAGGCCAAUCGAGUUGUGUGCGUGACAUCUGGCGGCACAACUGUUCCUUUGGAACAAAGAUGUGUUCGGUACAUUGACAACUUCAGCUCGGGUCAUAGAGGGGCUGCAUCCACAGAAUAUUUUUUGAAGGCUGGUUAUGCUGUAGUAUUUCUUCAUCGGAGAGGAACUUGCCAACCAUAUUGUCGGUCUCUUCCUGACGAUCCAUUACUUGAAUGUUUUGAAGUUACUGAUGAAUCAAAUAUUACGGUGAAUCCAAUACAUGCAAUAACAGUCAAGGGUGCAAUCAGGGAUAAUCGGGGGGCAGUCAUAAGAGGCAACUUGUUAAAACUUCCCUUCACAACAAUUUUUGAGUAUCUGCAGAUUUUGCAGUUGAUUGCACUAUCAAUGAGGAGCCUCGGGUCCCAUGCUUUAUUCUACCUUGCUGCUGCCGUUUCUGAUUUUUAUGUCCCUUGGGAGAGCAUGGAAGUGCACAAGAUCCAAUCGAGCUCUGGUCCUCUAGACAUGAGACUUGCUCAGGUCCCAAAGAUGCUUUCAGUGCUUAGAAAAGAUUGGGCCCCUACCGCUUUUUGCAUAUCUUUUAAGCUAGAAACUGAUAUAAAGAUUCUACUAGCGAAAGCUGGGAUGGCACUUGAGAAAUACAACAUGCACAUGGUCGUGGCUAACGAGCUGUUGACACGUAAGGAGGAAGUUAUUGUCGUUGAUAAGAGUGGGAAUAUCAGAGUUCACAGAGACAAGACUCGGGUGGAUGCUGAUGUGGAGGAACCGCUCAUCAAACUCAUAGUCGAUAGGCACUCUUCCUAUAUAAGUUCCGAGCCCUGACUUCAAAAUCGGCAUUUUUUUUUAGUUGGGUUGGUUUUAUUUGGGAUAGUCGUUCACGGAAAAUGAUCCUCCUGUCGAGCUUCUUCUAAUUCGUAGAAAUGAAAAGCUCCAUCUUUUUUACGUUUGUCGGAAAAUCGACCAAAUAAUAAUGAACUUCUUUUUGUUUUUGCACUUGUUUUCUUUAAUUUAUCUCAAGUUCUUUAUGUGUGCUUUCACUUGGUUAUUGUUUCCUUCUUCGGUCAUUUUUCUGUUGGAC